GAGCCAUCCGUAUUGCACUGAAGAUGAUUAAUAGCCUGCAACAACAUAAUCAUUGCAACAACAAGUAGGCCAAAACAGCACGCCUACUGUCAGACGUGGUCAAUAUUUUGCCUCAGAUUGUGUUCGCAAUGUACAAGUCUUAAUGUACACAUCACAUUAUGUAUGACAACAAUGCACAAUAUUUUGAAAGUAAAUAAUCGGUUUCACGGCAAAUAUGCACCUUGACCUGUCACGUGACGCGAAAAGCUAAAGAUUUCCUAACUGGUUUGGGAAAAAAACUGAAGAAAAAUGAAGUUUUUACAUCUAUUCGGACGGUUAAAGUCAAUAGUAAUUGGCAUGGUGCACGUCAAAGCCUUACCAGGCACGCCGUUGGGGAGAUCUACGAUUUCGGAGAUAAUUGACUGCGCGUGCCGUGAAGCUGAGAUAUACAGCGACGCAGGACUUGAUGGGCUGAUCAUUGAGAACAUGCACGAUAUCCCCUACACGCUGACCACGGGGCCGGAGGUGUGUGCCUGCAUGACGGCCGUGUGCUCCGCCGUGAGGCAGUCGUGUCCCUCUCUCCCCCUCGGGGUUCAGAUCCUAACUGCGGCGAACCGCCAAGCUCUGGCCGUCGCUCUGGCCUCAGGUCUUGACUUCGUCCGUGCGGAGGGGUUCGUGUUUGCGCACGUCGCAGACGAAGGCCUCUUGAACGCGUGCGCCGGCGACCUCUUGCGGUACCGGAGGGAGAUUGGAGCGGAGCGCGUCCAGAUUUUCACCGACGUCAAAAAAAAGCACAGUUCCCACGCCCUGACGUCUGACGUGAGCGUGGUGGAGACGGCGAGGGCGGCCGAGUUCUUCCUCUCCGACGGAGUCAUCCUCACCGGGACCGCCACGGGCAUGGAGGCCGAUCCGCAUGAGCUCAGAGAAGUGGGACAGUCUGUAAGAAUCCCAGUCCUCAUUGGCUCAGGAGUAACCCAUGGUAACCUGGAGCACUACCUCGAUGCAAGCGCGAUGAUCAUUGGCUCCCAUUUCAAGACCGGAGGCUACUGGGCCAAUCCGGUGGAUCCCGAGCGGGUGAAAAGGUUCAUGGGAAAGAUGCAUGAGCUGAGACUCUAAGAAGCUGUGUAAUCCAAAUUUUGCGUUACACUCUACACCUCUGGUGAAAAUUCUAGCUAAGAUCAGCUGGGGUUCUUAGCUAGUUUAAUAUGGUUUAAGCUGUGGUUUUGACACCUCUAGCUAGACAUAGCAGGGCUGUGGCUGGUCAAAGCUGAUUAAGCUGGUAGUGCUUGACUAGUUGUCUAUAUAGGCUGGUGAACAGCUGGUUGAAGGUGUCAAAAACCGAUCAAGCCAUCUUGACCAGGCUAGUUUUAGCUGGAGUUUUCACCAGGGGCUAUAGAAUAGUAUAGAAUGACUUGCAGCGUAAUUACAGUCUGCUUGUUUUGAACAUAAUGGCAUUUCCGUAGUAACUCAAAUUCAAGUGAAAAUACACUAAUGAGCCAAAUCAUUAUGACCUAAUAUGCUGUUAGUCCUCAACGUGCCACCAAAACAUCUCUGACCUGCUGAGGCAUGGACUGUCCAAGACCUCUGAAGGUGCCCUGUGGUCUCUGGCACCAAGACGUUUGCAGCAGAUCCUGUAAGUCCUGUAAGUUGCGAGGUGGAGCAGCCAGGGAUCUGACUUGUCGUUCCAGCACGUCCCACGGACGCUCGAUUGGACUGAGAUCUGGGGAAUUCGGAGCUCCAGGGCAGCACCGUGAAUUUUCAUCAUGUUCCUCGAACCGUUCCGGAACGGUCUGUGCAGUGUGGCAGGGAGCAUUAGCCUGCUGCAAGAGGCCACUGCUAUCGGGGAAUACCGGUGAACCUGUGAAGGGGUGUACCAGGUCUGCAACCAUGUUUUCAGGGAGGUGGCACGUGUCAAGGCGGCACGGAUGGUGCAGUGGGUCGCACUGCCGCCUCACAGCAAGGAGGUCCUGGGUUGGAAUCCCGGUCGGCCGGGGCCUCUCUGUGUGGAGUUUGCAUGUUCUUCCCGUGUCUGCGUGGGUUUCCUCCGGGUACUCCGGUUUCCUCCCACAGUCCAUGCAGGUUAGGCUGAUUGGAGAGUCUAAAUUUCCCAUAGGUAUGAGUGUGUGAGUGAAUGGUGUGUGUGCCCUGCGAUGGACUGGCGACCUGUCCAGGGUGUAUUCCUGCCUUUCCCCCAAUGUAUGCUGGGAUAGGCUCCAGCCCCCCUGCGACCCUGUUCAGGAUAAGUUGGUUAAGAUAAUGGAUGGAUGGAUGGAUGGAUGGGCACGUGUCAAAUUUAUGUCUGCCCAUUUCUCCUACAUCCAACACGUCGACUACGAGAGCCGACUGUUUGCCUACCUCCCCGAACCUUCACAUUUGCCAUUGUUAUGAGAUAAUCAACGUUAUUUGCUUCGUCUGACUGGUCAUAAUGCUUUGGCUCAUUGGUGUAUAAUAACUGUCAUUCUAAGAAAGGCUAAUGAUUGUAUGAUUUCUGUAACUACUCAACGCAUACAUAAUAUUUGAACUGAUUCUAUUAAACAAAUCACAUUUACUUGUUUAAA